CCGUGCGGGUGGGCUCCACCCACGUGCGGCGGUGCGAGCACACAUCCCGCACGUAGCUGGCGUAUUAAUCAGCGCGGGGCCAUCUGCCGACCCGGCUGUAUCGCGGGCGCGGGUCGCCGGCUCCGCUUCCCGCACGCUGUUCGGGCUCCGGCAGCACCGCUGGCACGGGCGCAGCUCAGCCCGCCGCGGCGGAGAAACUUUUCUCUCGCCAUACUUCGCCUGGCCCUGCACCGCUGCGGAGUUACCGUCUGGCUCGUACUGGAGUCCGCGACGGCCCAGAGGGCAUCGCCUCCCGACGCGGGCGCCGUUAGGGCAGCGGCGCUCCCGCUCGUCCCCGCCGCGCCAUGCCGUUGGGGCACAUCAUGAGGCUCGACCUGGAAAGAAUCGCCCUGGAGUAUGUCGUGCCCUGCUUGCACGACAUCGGCUUUUGCUACCUGGACAACUUCCUGGGGGAGGUGGUGGGGGACUGUGUGCUGGAGCGGGUGAAGAGAAUGCAUCGCGACGGGGAGCUCGCUGACGGGCAGCUGGCCGGCCCCAGCCGCGGCGUGGCCAAGCGGCACCUCCGCGGCGACCAGAUUAAGUGGAUCGGCGGCACGGAGGAGGGUUGCGAGGCCAUCAACUUCCUCCUCACGCUGAUAGACCGCCUGGUGAUGUACUGCGGCAGCCGGCUCGGCAAGUACUACGUGAAGGAGCGAUCCAAGGCUAUGGUCGCUUGCUAUCCUGGAAAUGGAACUGGGUAUGUUCGUCAUGUGGACAAUCCAAAUGGCGAUGGUCGCUGCAUCACCUGUAUUUAUUACCUGAACAAGAACUGGGACUCCAAGCUUCAUGGUGGAAUUCUCCGGAUAUUCCCAGAAGGAAAGUCCUAUGUAGCAGAUGUUGAGCCAAUUUUUGACCGAUUACUUUUUUUUUGGUCAGAUCGAAGGAACCCCCAUGAAGUUCAGCCUUCUUAUGCAACCAGAUAUGCCAUGACUGUGUGGUAUUUUGAUGCUGAAGAAAGAGCAGAAGCCAAAAAGAAGUUCAGGAACUUAACUGAUGCAAGGAAGAGAGAAGCACCUCUUAAUGAAGACUAAUAACUGUUCCUGAACAAUUUGUGAGGAAAUAAGAUCCCAAAGAUGACUUCCAUUUCCAGCGAACAAGGGCAAAUUCUUGUUAUGCACGAGAACACACUGGUUGUGUCUAGCAUGUGCAUCUUACACUGAUGGUACUUACGGCAGCCUUCUGUCAUGCGUGCAUCUAGUAGAAGGAGCACUUGUUUUCUAUUUGCCUUUUGCUGGAAAAAGUAACCAGGGUUAAAGAAAAAGA